GGUGUCUGUCCGCUCGCCUUGUCACCUGUGCACUUCUCAUCUUCUCGCACAUCGUCUUCGUCGUGACUCCCUCCCUCGCUCUCAAGGUUGCUAGCAAUCUGUCGGUCCCUCAGUCUACACGUCAUCCAACCCGUCCGUCUGUUGAUGUAGCCUCCCUCGCGAGGUAUACAGUGUCCGAUCAUGUCCGACUUUCGCUCAGUUCCGGCUGAUGCCCAACGUGCGACGCCUAAUUCACACAGGCAGACGUCCUCCAACGACUUUGGAGACUUCCAUUCGGCUCCACUUUCGGGCAACAACGGGCCGGACUUCUCUCCAUUGAUGGGAACAUCGAGCCAGCCCCCGCUUUCCUCAUCCCCCGUAGCGGCGCACUUCGCCCUCGAGGACAAUGACCUUCUGGGGUCAUUUGACGAUUUAGAUGAGCGGGGCCGGUCGUUGUCUACAGCUCCCGCAGCUGGACGCUCAUCGCGCCCGACGCAGCUUCUGGAUCUCACAGACGACGACCCGCUAGUCGUCCCGGCACCAUCGACCGCUACACUUCAAACUUCAUCGCGUCAGACACCCACUUCACUCAGAUUUCCAGACGCUGCAGGCUCAUCUCCAACACGGUUGAGAUACAUGCACCCGACGAAAGACUACUCGGGUCCCAGUUCACCCCCAAAACUGACAGAUGUGGGUGCCGACAUCGUCUUCCACGCGCCGCCCAUUCUUGGGAAGGAAAACGCAGCUCGGCGCAUGCGUCGCAUGUCCAACGAAUAUCUCGUGAAUCCCCGAGGCAGUUUGUCAAGAGCCAGCAGUGAAGGCUCUCGAGCGCACCAUCACCAAUCGCAUUCACUUGCCGACGCCUUGGCAGCAACCAAGCUGGCCGGAAGAUGGAAGCGAUCCGUUCUCAACCCUACGCCUGUCGGUGAAGCAGAACCGCCCAGUAAGACAGCCAUUCCCAUCGACGUGAGCCAUACGUCUCCUUUCGCCUCCAUCGAGCAAAUCGCUGGGAGCUAUACAGCGCCGACCGGGACCCCCGGUUUCCGCCCCUCGGGUCCAACAUCUCACACAUCUGAGCCUGAAUCCGAGUGGCUGGAUACCCGAUUAUCUGGAAGAAGGGACCUCACUACACCGGUUCUUGAUAUCACUCAAGCCCAAGCUCUGCGCGGUAAUUUGCCACCCCGACAGCGCAUAGGGGACACUUGGUCUCUCCUCUUCUCUUUGGAUCAGCAUGGUGCCUCAUUGUCGACACUCUACCGUUUGGUCGAGGCGUACGCUAAGGAUCACCGAACCGCCGGGAAUGUCCUGGUGGUCCGCGACGCUGAAGGUCAUACAUUUGGGGUCUAUUUGAAUGAGCCGAUUGUGAAGCGCGAGGGAACUUACUAUGGUUCGGGGGAAUCGUUCAUGUUCAAGUUUGUGGAAGGCGAGAGCCAGCCGCGAAUCUUCCGAUGGACCGGUCGGAAUCAAUACGUCGCCCUCUGCGAAACAGGUUUCAUCUCCUUCGGGGGAGGCGGAACGUCUUAUGGUUUGCUGCUCGACUCGACGUUUAGUCGGAACUCGUCUGCAACCUCCCCAGCCUUCCAGAAUGAGAUCCUGUGUGGGGCAGGUUUCAGUGACAAGGGAGAGCCCUUCGAUUGCAUCGGCCUGGAGGUCUGGGCCACAUCGUGAUAGGCAUCUGCUCUACUCGGCCACGUACACACAGCACAUUAGUACUUUUGAUAGGCGCGUUCACAAGAACAACAUUCAUGCACUCUUCAACUCCUG